UACCCACGUAAAAUUUUUAUUUUGUAAUACGACGUAUAUAUUUCUUGCUUUGUUCAUAAUUUUGAACUUUUAUAGAUUUCAAAGUUUAUUUUAAAGAGUAGAUAGUCUCGUUGAAUGUCUCCAUGUCUAAACGGCCUUAUAGCUGCGUGAGUGGUCUUCUAGAAUAUCAAAACACUUAUGAUAAACGAAUGCAUUUAAUACAGCAAAACGAUGAGUCCAGAUCAGGUUACGAUAGCGAAACGGAUGAUGGAGAAGAUUCAGAUGAUUAUGCGAUGCCACUCGGCAUCCCAAUCGUAUCUAGUGAAGAUGGUCGACGGUUGGUUGAAUAUAAACCAUCAAACCACUCUAUCAAUAAAGGUCGCUGGACCAAAGAAGAGGAUAUGAGGUUAAAGCAACUAGUAGAAGAAUAUCAAGAACGAUGGGAUCUCAUCGCCCAACAUUUUAACGAUCGCUCAGAUAUUCAAUGCCAACAACGAUGGCACAAAGUUGUGAAUCCCGAUUUAGUAAAAGGACCUUGGACAAAAGAAGAAGACGAAACUGUAUUAGAACUUGUUGAAAAAUAUGGACCCAAAAAAUGGACUCUAAUAGCACGACAUUUAAAAGGCCGAAUAGGUAAACAGUGUCGUGAACGAUGGCAUAAUCAUUUGAAUCCAAAUAUAAAAAAAAGUGCAUGGACUGAUGAAGAAGACAGAAUUAUAUUCAGGGCACAUAGUCAAUGGGGGAAUCAAUGGGCUAAAAUUGCAAAGUUGUUACCAGGAAGGACUGAUAACGCUAUAAAGAAUCAUUGGAAUUCAACUAUGCGAAGGAAAUAUGAAAUAGAUGAUAAAGGAGAAGUAUAUGGUAGGAGCAUGUUAAAGCCUAAAUCAAAAAGUAUCAGAGCACCAAUGGAAAACAGAGAAGAAUCUAACAAAAGUCACCCCAAUACAUCACAGGUUAAUCAAUCAGAGUACAUUACUAUUGAUGUUCCAUCACAAUAUUACAGUUGGAUGCCUCCAAAAUAUAUUCCAGAUGAUCCUCAGUCUAAAUUAGAUCCCGAACAAGAUGUCCGGGAUAAAGCUGAAGUUGUUGCAGCUGCAGAAGUUUUGAAUUCUUUAAUGUCAACGCCUCAAAAGAAAAAUGAAACUAAAAUAAAAGAUGUGUUCAAUAUUAAUUAUAAAUUGGAAUCUCCACCUAGACCAGCUUCAGUACCUUUGCAAUCUAAUUCACCGCCAUGUUAUUCACCAUACAGGUUAUUUGAGACUGGAGGUUUUGUUGAAACUCAACAAACUAGUAAUAGUGUUAUUGGUAGUUCUCCUGAUGAAGGAUAUGCGGAACUUCAUCUUGUUACACCUACAAAGACACCAAAAAAAGAUAAUUGCCCAGAACUUUAUUAUCAGUAUGAUGCUGUUACACCAAAUAAAUCAAAUAUAUUUUCACCAAAUAAUAAAGUUACUCGGCGGCGUAGGAGUUUUUCAGAAUAUCCUGAAGUUGGCUUAAAUUUACAAUGCAGUACUAUUUUGUCAGGCUUGAGCAUACCUGGAACGCCUGAGAAACGAACACCAAUAAAACAACUACCGUUCAGUCCCUCACAAUUUUUAAAUAGUCCGUCAUUGUCAUUUGAUGUUAACUCAUCUUCAACACCCGUCAGGCGUCUAUUACCUAGUUGUAGUAGUAAACCUAAUGAAGAUAUUAGUGAUCAGACUAUAAAAUCUGAAACCUUAGUUACACCAAAUUUAACUUAUAAAUUUGCUGGAAGAAGUCGUGAUGAUGUAAAGACUCCAGAAACAAUGCAUAGAAUUAAUACUCCUCACACACCUACACCAUUCAAAAUUGCUCUUGCUGAGGCUGGUCGUAAAAUGGGUGUGAAACAUUUAGCUCAAUCUCCGUCUGCUUUAAUUGAAGAUAUAACUGAUUACAUAAAGCAAGAAGAUCGAGUUAAAAAAGAAUCUGAAUUUUCUGAUUCACAGUAUGAAACUGAUAGCUCUAAUAUGUUUUGUGAUACUAAUGACACAGUUGCAUGUGGAAAAGAAAAUGCCGAACCUCUUUCACCUACACCUCAAAAAAAAGCAAGAAAAUCUCUUGCACCUGUGUGGGCUUCUCCAACAGCUUCUUGGAAUCAACCUAUAGACUCAUCUUCUAAAACAAUUAGAGAAACGAAUACGGAAGAUGUUUAUUCAACAAAUGUAGAUGAUACUAGGAACAUCUUUACAUCUGAAGAAUAUUCAGCUUCAAAGGUAUUUGGGUGAGUAGGUCAUGAAAAAAACCUAGUUCUUUUUACUUUUUAAAUUAUUGCACCCUUAGAUCAAGUAGGAUAAAUUUAAAGCAAUAGUUUUGCACCUCACUAAUGAAUACUUAGUUUAAAUCACUCUUACAAUUCUAUUGAAAAAACCACUUUUAUGAUGUACAUUGUAAAACUGUUAUUGAAAGUGACUUAUGUGUGUAUGUAAUAUAUCAUAUUGAGUAUUUUUAACUGAAUAUCAAUGUGUGUACAGAGAUGAGUAAAGUUAUAUUUAGAGGUCAACAUUUUACAAUUAUACGUGAGUUGGCAAAUGAAUGGGAAUGUAAUCUUUACAAUUCAUAAAGUAAAUUUUUGGUACAAAAAAUUCAUGUUUUUAGAGAAAAGGAUUUAGUGAAAUAUUUUGAAAUAUAAUCUAAUUUUUUUUACAUAAUAAAUAUAUGAUAAUGCAUAACAUACUAAUGGCCAGGGCUCAUAAAUAAUGCUUAUUAUAAUAUUAUAAACUAUGCAUUAAAAACUGGCAAAAUAUGCCUUAAAAGGUUCAAAAAAAUGCAUUUAUAUUAACUAAAGAUAAAAAAACAAAUCAUAAAAAAUGUUUGGAAUAACAAGAAAAUAUUGGAUUCAUAUUUUUAAAAAAUUAUAUUUCAUUUGUUUUGUUUAAAUGUAAUUCCGAAAAAUAAUUUAAAAAAUGUCUAUUAAUAAAUAAUAAUAUGAUUAAAUAAAUAUCCAGUCAGUCCUUGAUUUUAGAAUGAAAAUAAACAAUUUAAUCUCAAAACAAUUUAAUAUAUUUAGUACAAGUGAAAAUAAAUAAAUUAUUGCAUUUUUCAUCAAAUUUGCCAAAAAUAUGAUAAAUAUGCCAAACUUUUCUAUACAUUACAACUAUAUGAAUUUUAAAAAUUUCAAAUUUUCAAGUGACUUAUUGGAGAUAACACCAAUAGUGUUUUAUUUUCAUAGGACCGCCAUAAUUAUUAUAAUUUGUAAAACUUGUACAUAAGUGCCAGGUUUUCAAGAAAUCAUCAAGUGCCCAGAUUAACUAUAGAAAAUCCUUAUAAAUUAUUCAGAUGAAAAAUGAUUUUAAGGUGCUCAAACUUUAAAGCAACCACGUAUUAGGCACCAAUAUAUUUUGUUUUAUGAGACUAUUAAAAGAACUUAUGGUCUAUUUUUUAUAGUUUUAAAACAUCAAUUAAUAUUAUUCCAAUCCUAGUCAUGUUAUUAUUACAUUAUAAAAAAUUGGAUCAAGAAUUAUAACCUGUAUGCAAUGAAUACAAUGUGGUCUCUCAAAUUUUGUUAAAACUUCAAGUAGGAAAUAGAUUUUGUUAAUCUUGUAAGACUUAAUAGACUUGUAUAGAUAUUUGUGUCAUUUAUGUUUGUAUAUUGUCCAUAAUUAUAUGUUUUUGUGGUAAUGAGAGGUGAUCUACUAAGUAUAAUUAGUUCACUUUAUUAUAUUUUAUUACACAUAGUACCUAUUCAUAGAGCACAGUAGUGCAAUUAGAGCAAUUUUGUUUGAUUGUUAAAUGUAUUGUUAUUAUUGUAUCAUUUUUAAUUGGGAUUUAAAAGGACGUCCUACCACCCAUCAUUUAUAUGGAAAUAGAUUUGUGUAGGACAAACAUACAAAAGCAAUAUUCUUAGAAGCUUUACAUAAGUUUUAUAAUAUAUAGAAAAACACUUAUGCUAUGUCUAUACAUUAUAUAUAUUAUUUAUAUAUCAUAUAUAUAUAUAUAUACACCUAACUUAAGCUUUCAAGACAACCAAAAUCAUUCAUAAAGGUUCAUUUUUUUUUAUAUGUACAAGCAAGUUUUCACACAAAAACGUUACGAGAUAAAGUUAUCUGCUAUGUAAUAAGAAAUUUUGGUAAAUCUGCUUUAAAUAUUGUACUUGUAAGUUUGUGUUACAUAAAACCGUUUUUCAAUACAAUAACUAUUGUUGGUGCUAAUACGGGACAAUUUUUAAAUAUUUUGAAUCAGUAAUUUAUUGCAUUUAAGAUUUAAAAUUUUAAUUCUUCUCAUUAUGUCCUGCCAACAUAAAACUUCUUAAAUAUUGGUUGUAUUGGCGUCCUUUUAAGUUAUAAAGGUAAAUAUUAACAAUAAUUUAUAUUAAUUUAGAGACAAAUUAAUUGAAUACAUAUUUUAGAAAUCCGUACAACUGAUGAAUUAGUGUUAUUUUUUUUUCAAAA